UCUAUUAAGUCGAAAUCAGUUCGGUUUUUCAACUUUCCUCAGAGAAUUUUACGAGUAUGGAGCUACCUAACUGUAUUCUUGAAAUCAUAUGCAAAUCAGAUCCAACAUCUAUAGCAACAGUAGCAUCAAAACUAAUCAACAGAGAGUGUGAAGGACUGUGCAAAAGAGGAACUGGUAGUAUUUUCCAAGAUACAAGUUAUAAAGGUUUAUUCGACUUCACGUGGGACCACUUUCACAAGGAAAUUCAAAUCCAGGCUCCUAACAAGAUUAUCUCGGCAACGGUUUGCAAUCCUACAAUUACACCCACGCCAAAGAAACAGCUCUGCAUACUUCAUACUUUUGCGUCAGGAGUUCAUGGAAGAUUCCAAGAAACGUCUAAUCUACACCAGAUAGGACUGAUUUUGGCAUAUGGAGGAUGUACAGUCAGGGUACAUAUCUUAUCAUUAGAUUACUUUGUAAUGUUUCCAGUGCCAUGAUUGAAAGCAAACAAAGUGUUGUAUUAAAUAUUGAUAUACAUUAUAUGCAUAAUGCUAUAAUAAUGUGCAUCCAUGCAAACAAUCAGCUACAUGUCUAAUUAAGAGAGUAACAAAACCACAAAAGUUUAUCUAAGACUAACUAUCAGAUUUUAAAAAUGUUAUGAGUAAUUAAACAUUAACUAUUGUACGAUAUUGAGAGACUGUCCAAGAUAGGUAUCUGUCAUCACCACGCUCCAUCCAGAACAAACUUUCGUCGUGGGAAGAACACCUUGAUAGCGAGAUACUGAGUUUGAAAGAGAAAUGGGCAAAUGGAGAUGAACAGAAGUAUCAGUUAAUUGGAGAUAACUGUUGUUGAUAGGAUUACCCCUACACCACAUGAAGCAGGAAAAAGACUUUCUAUCAGUGAUUACAUACCAUCCCUGAAAGAACAAGAAAUCUUAAUCCAGGGAUUAACUUUUCUGGUUGCAACAUCAGUUGUCCAGAAUUUAGAACAGACCAACAAAGCCAUGGCUGACUUAUAUCCUAUGCAUUUGCAGCAUGAUCACAGCGAUAAAGUUGGCAUGAAAACUCAACAGUUUCCUUUGGGUCUUUUUGACUGCAAUGAGACAAAGAAUCAAGAGGUGAUCCAGCUGUUGAAGUUUUUGACAGAGAAAUAUGUACCCCUUGAUGGUAAUGAAGUAAUUGAUGAAGUCUUCAUUGGAGGAGACAGGUUAACAGAUGAGCGUGUUCAAGGAGCGCAACGAGCAAUGGAAAAUGCAGAAACUUCCAAGGGAAAACUACAAGGUUUUAUAUCAAAGAUUGAGGAUUGGCAUCGCAUGAUGAAUUUUCUUGAGGAAAUGAAUGUAGAGGAUGAAGAUCAAUUGUUACCAAGUGAUUUUCAAGAGAAGACUGAUGAAGACAAAAUCAGUUGGCUGAAUGAAAUCUGCUGCAGGAUUGUGAAGAAGUACAUGUUUGAAAACAACGAAGACAUGCUCGAACAACUUAGGAGUGUGCUUGAUGAUCCAGACCACAUUGAGAACUACUUUGUAGCAAGUGAUAACGAUGAUCGAUUUCACUGUCACUUCUGCCCAAAAUCCUUUGUACAACUGAACAGCGUAAAAUUGCAUGAGAAACUUCUUCAUCAACAUACUGUGACAAGUAAGACAUCUAGGAAAAGUAAUCCAGAAAAUGAGGAUCAGCUCUACAACCACAUUAUGCUGAUCUUCAAAUUUGUGUGCUUACUGAAAAACCUGGAUAUUUCAAUAGAUAUGGGAGAUGGGGCAAGAUCAGUUCGCUCUGCAAAGUAUGAAUUGCCAAUCUUCAAUAAAACCAACAAAACAAAAUACGCCAUAAGAUGUGUUCAUCUAACAACUCUAACAGAAGAAACGUUAUCGAGUGAACAAAGCCAGAAGUUAAUUUACAACAAAAGCAUUAAUAUUCAGGGAGGCAAGAACAACAAUCUGGCUCUAGACGAGUACCUAGAAAUGCUGAACAGAGACGGCAAAGAACUUGUGAAGGGUCAUUAAACCAAAACAAGCAUUAUAUCUCAUUCUAAAGAAUUUCCACAUCUCAUUAAUUUUGCAAACCAGUUUGACAUUAUUUCUCAGAUUAAAAGACGAAAAGGCUUUCAUCGUCUCCCAGAAUACAAGGCCGACGUACGCAAUUAGGUUCCAAGAAGAUUUUAUUGAUGUAUUCUAUUUAUAUCACUAAGUAAAAAUU